AUGUCUCAGCAAUUCUAUCUUCUUGGAGAGCCAGUCUCUUCGGCAAGACAUCUUCCCGUGGAAAAGACUCUGGAUCUAGAAGGACUACAGUAUGUAGUCGCUGCGCAUUUUGCAAUCGUCGAGGCAAAGGGAAUCGGCUUCCAAGACGAAGAAACCAUCUUCUCAGAAGUCCACGACAUUCUCGCCUCCAAAAACCCCAUAGCCAUCACAAUCGAUGGCCACGCCGUCCGCGACCCCCCAGGCCCCAAUGGCCUCCCCUACGUUGGCAACUACUUCGAAGUCUACCCAGACCACCUGGGCAACCACCAGCGCCUCUUCGAUACUUACGGCCCAAUUUUCAAAGCGACAAGUCUUGGCCGGACGACCUACCACACGAACGAUCCGCAGAUCUCUGCAAUCGCCUUCACCGAGUCGGACUUUUUCUCCAAAGAGAUCAACGACGCGCAUCCACUGUCUGCCCUCAAGACCCCCGCUGCGGGUAUCUUCUUGGGUGACACGGAUACAGAGGAGUGGAAGGUCACGCAUAAAUUCUUGCCUCCAGCGCUAGGCCCCAAGGCCGUACGGCACUACGCCCCCACGAUGCAAACAACCGUCGAAGACGCAUGCAAAAUCUUCGACGAGUUGGACAAGCAGGGCGAGGCGUGGAACGUGUACCAGUACAUGCUGAAGCUCGGCUCACAGGCCGUGGGUAAGUUAACACUGGGACUGGACUUUGGGCACUUUGUGGGACCGGAUGCGCCGCUGCAUGAGAUGGUUGGUGCGAUUGCGGAGAUGCUGUCGUUGAAUAAGAAGGUGACGAGUAAGGGCGAUUGGUAUGCGAAGUUGCCGUUUGGGGAGCCGAAGAAGUUGCAGGAGUUGAGGAAGCGGAUUGAGGAAAUGGUUGAGGAGUCGAUUCGGAACGCUGAACGAGGUGGUGUUGAGGAUCUGCCGUUGCAGGAUGCUGCACUGAGGGCAGCGAAUAUGGUUGACUACGCAAUUCGCGCAACCGACAACAAAGGCGAAAAACUCCCCAAAACCAGCCUCGUUUGGUCCCUCGUCGUCGCCACCGCCGCCGGCUUCACGACAACCUCCUCCCUCCUCUCCUGGCUAAUCUACGGCCUCUGCACAUACCCAGGCAUGCAAGAGCGUCUUCUCCAAGAGCUCAUCGACAACGAGAUUGACGAAAACACCCAAAUCACAGCAGACGUCAUUGACCGCCUCUCCUUCCUCGACAAAUACAUCAAGGAGACCCAACGCCGGCACAACCCCUCCUUCCAACCCGGCCGCACCGCCCAACUCGACCUCAUCCUGCCCGGCGGCUACAAGAUCCCAAAGGGCUCCGUCAUAAUCGUAGCCCUGCACCACAUCCACAACAACCCGGCUCUGUGGGAUAACCCGGCGCGCUUUGAUCCCGACCGGUGGGAUACGGAUGCUGUGAAGAACAGACACCGCGCGGCGUAUGUUCCGUUUGGAACGGGGCAACGCAUGUGUAUUGGGUUUAACUUUGCGUUGCAGGAGAUUAAGGUGUUUUUGCCGAAGUUGGUGUAUCGGUAUGAAUUUCGGAGAGAAGGGGAUGGGGCGAUUGAGUAUGAUCCGAUGUUCCAAUUGAUUAGGCCGAAUAAUUUGUAUGUCAGGGCUGAGAGGAGGACUAAGUGGCCUGCUAACCCGAAGAACUUCACUACGGAGUAG